ACUGAAAACAAAAUUCUCAUUUACAUAGUGUAAGCUUAUACUUUCAAAUUCUAAGCUCCGUUUGGUACAUGGAAUUCAAAUUAUGAAAUUGGAAUUGGAGACUGUAAUUUCAAUUCUGUUUUCUGGAGCACAAAAAUAUGUGAAUUUGGAAUUGGCUAAUUCGGCAUCAGGUGUUGGGGUGAUCGGUGAUUGCAAGCUGAGGUUUAUGGAGCUGAAGUCGAAGAGGAAUUUCAGAUACAUUAUUUUCAAGAUUGAUAGAUCAAGCCAGGCUGUAGUGGUGGAUAAACUCGGAAGUCACAAUGAGACGCAUCGUGAUUUCACCAACAGUUUGCCCUCUGAUGAUUGUCGAUUCGCCGUUUUCGACUACGAUUUCACGACCCAAGAGAACAUGCAAAGGAGUCGGAUUUUCUUUGUGUUUUGGUCUCCGGAGACGGCCAGUGUGAGAAACAAGAUGGUGUAUGCAAGCUCCAAAGAUAAAUUUAGGAGAGAAUUGGAUGGGGUUCAGGUGGAGUUGCAAGCAACAGACCCGGGUGAAAUGAGCAUGGAUAUCUUCCAAGAUAGGGCACAUUGAAUCCAUCUACCCGUCUUCAUAAGCAUUUUACUUCUAUUACUAUAUAUAUAGACAAUAAGAUCCACUAUUAUCCUUCAUUGUAUACAUUUAUAUUUCAUUACUUCGUAUUUUGUCAUGUCUAACUAUUUUAUUUUUCUAGUGAUGCAAAAUUACUAAAACGAGUAAUUUUACAUAUUUGAAUUUUUUUUGUAAGUGUAUGUUCAUAUGCCACGAAAGUCAUUGCCUCCUUUGUCUUAAAAUAAAGCGCCUAAGUUCUU